AUGAAGGGCUCAAGGUCUGUUUGCCUGCUAUGUCGACACCAGCUUGCGACAGCAGGUAAACUGCGCGCGACGCAAUGGCAGGCCCAGGCAGCCCUCUUCUCGACCACCACCCCGAGGGCCGAUGACACCGCCGAACCAGCAGCCGGCCAGUCAGCCUCCAAUAUAUUUCGCCGGGUAUCCAUCGAGCAUUCCCCACGCGAGCCCAGAGUCAAGCUAUCACAAGCCAAACCGAGGAAACCCCCCGAGAAGCCAUCCGCGCGGGUCGAUGCCCUCUUCCAGCAGAUCAUCCAGGAGCAACAUGAACAGCAUGGGCAACAUGGGCAUCAUGAGCAGCUAAAGCAAAGGCAAGGCCAUGGAGGGCAACCCGAAGCUCCUGCGAACGGCAGUACCAACGUUGACCUGGAAUUGGUCCAAGCCAUCGGAAAGCUCCAGGCCAUGGUCGAGAGUGAUGCACCCGUAGCAGAUGCCUUUGCAUAUCUCAAAGCCGAGAUAUAUCCUACCGUUCAGAUCCCGAAUAUCAACAUUCCGCAGGUGUAUUUUAGGGUCGUGUCUGAUCUGUUAGACAAGGUUUUCGAAGCCAAGAAAGCCGACAUGCACACGGAUGGCCUUCCGACUGCGGCUGACAUCUUCCGCGUCUAUGUCGACAUUGGCGAGUUGAAGCCUCGGCGAUGGGCCAACCUGGUGGGCAAGCUGGUAGAAAUUGUGGCAUGCGCCCAAUACCCACCCGAGCUGGAUCUGGGGAAAAGGGAAGCUAUGAGGCAGGCAAUGCUCGUAGACCUCGUCGAGUCAUGGAAAGUCCUGUCCCUGCCAAAGAUUGCUUUAACGCCAACCAAUGGCGACAAGAUCACUGAUGGGUUCUGGUUUCCCAGGCCUGACAAAUUCUCUCUUCUAAAGUUCUCCAAGAAGGGCAACUUUCCUGUGGCCUUCAGCACCGUUUUCCCGCAAUACCAUCCGACCGAGUUAGGCGCUCCUGUCGCAGUUCUGGCCGUGGCUACUUAUGCCCUGCUGCUCGACGGUCAGCCGAGUUCUGUGAACGCUAGACGGAGUGCAGCGCGCUUCAUGUCGAAAGUGGCCUACAUGAUCACCCUUGUACAGUAUCGGGAUCAGACUCUCCGGAAAGAUGUAGCGCACUGGUUCAAACCUCUGGAGGAAUACGUCAUGACGCAAUGGCCCAUCAUCAAGGAUCAUCUGAAGGCUCAAGUCGAGUCGAUGGACAGAUCGACCAGGACCGCACAGCAACCUAGCGGAUCAUCGUCAGCAACCCAUGUUCCAAGCACGAUACCUGCAGCCUCUAUAGGCCGCCGCCUCGCCCAGGCUUACGGGACUCGUAAUGAUCUCGAGGUGGACAGACUUUGGCAGGAGUUUGUGGGGUCCGAGAAGGAUAUAUCAGCGGAGAGGGCGGCAGAGCUUCGACAGCACCCUGAUCUCAUUGAUUCUUUCAUCAACACGCGCAUGGCGCUCAACCGUCCCCAUAAAGCGAUAGCCGCAUGGGGCGUAUUGAGCAAGAUUGGACUGAAGCCAACUUUGAGAACCUGGAACGUGAUGCUUGAUGGGUGUAAGAAGGCAGGAAAUGCGAAUUUCAUCAAGAACAUAUGGGCGAAACUCGCUGCAUCGGGUACAGAACUCGACACCGCAGUUUGGACGACGCGCGUAUCCGGGCUGAUCGAGUGUGGCGAUCUUGAGGCUGGAAUUAUGGCACUAGAGGAAAUGACCAACUUAUGGAAAGCCGCGUCGAAGGAUAAAAAGUUGACCGCUGUCAAACCUUCUAUAGAGCCCGUCAAUGCCGCUCUCGCGGGGCUCAUUCGCCAGAAGCAGGAGGCUGCCGCCGAGAAACUUCUGGCCUGGGCCAGCCGACAUGGCAUCGAGCCUGACAUCUUUACCUUCAACACUCUACUACGACCUCUGAUCCGCGACGGCAACCGCGACGGAGACGUCCAUAGACUUUUCAGCACUAUGCAAACCUUCGGCGUGCGCGCAGAUGCCGCGACUUUCACCGUCGUGCUCGACGCUGCGUACUCGAAGAUCGACCCCCAAGAUUCGGCGGCGCAGACCAAGGUUGUUCAAGACGUCCUUGCGUCGAUGAAGGCCGCCGGGCUGGAGAGCAACCUCCAGACUUACGGCAAGAUGAUCUACCUGCUCCUGCGUUCCAACGCCAGGCAGGCUGUCGAACUGGUCGUGAACCAGCUGUGGGCCGAGGGUCACGAGUUCUCGCCGCACAUCUACACGAUGCUGGUGGAGGACUACUUCGCGCGCCGCCCCCCGAACCUCAAGGCCGUCGACGACCUCGUGGAGCGCCGCCGCCUGCUCGACUACGACGACAUGGACCGCGUCUUCUACGACCGCGUCAUCAAGGGCUACGCGCUCGUCGGCCGCACCGACACCGCCCUCGAGAUGUACUACCGCCUCAGCGACGGCGUGCGCGUCAACCUCGGCACGCAGGCGGAUCUUGUCAACAAGCUCAUCGAGCAGGGCAGGCUUGAGGACGCGCGGGCGCUGGUCAAUAGGACGAAGCGCCGCUUCGAGGCGGAAAACCCGGGUGCGACUGAGGAGCACCGCUUCUGGUCGCAUCACUUCUGGCACCAGGCUGCUCGGUACGGGCUGAUUGAGAGGAGCGCACCGGCUGGUGCGACGGGGGCUGCUUCGGCAUCUGGUAUAGAUGUGUCGUCAGAGGAGGAUACCUCUUCCUUUACUUGA